AUGAAGAAGAUGCUGUGUUUCGUGGUUCUGUUGGGAAUGACUCUAAAUAAUGUGACGGGAGUUACUCAUUCCCUGAAAUAUUUCUACACGGCCUCAUCUGGUCUGAAAACCUUUCCAGAGUUUGUGACUGUUGGGAUGGUGGAUGAUCAGCCAAUCUCCUACUAUGAUAGUGUGAUUAGAAAGGAGACUCCAAAACAGGACUGGAUGGCAGAGACUGAAGGUCCUGAGUACUGGGAAAGUAACACUCAGGUAUCCAUUGGUAUUGAGCAAACCUUCAAAGCCAGCAUUGACAUUAUUAAACAGCGCUUCAACCAGACCGGAGGUGUCCACAUUGUCCAGCAGAUGUACGGCUGUGACUGGGAUGAUGAGACUGAAGAGGUUACUGGCUUUGACCAGUUUGGCUAUGAUGGGGAAGACUUUCUAACAUGGAACAUGGAGACAAACACCUUUUUUACUCCAAAACCACAGGCUGUAAUUACUACAGAAAAAUGGAACAAUGACAGAGCUUUUCUGGAGAGAGAUAAGAACUAUUUCAACCAGAUUUGUCCUGAGUGGGUGAAGAAGUAUUUGAACUAUGGGAGGAGCUCUCUGAUGAGAACAGAUCUUCCCUCAGUGUCCUUCCUCCAGAAGUCUCCCUACUCUCCAAUCAGCUGCUUUGCUACAGGUUUCUACCCCAACAGAGCAGAAAUGUUCUGGAGGAAAGAUGGAGCAGAGAUCCAUGAUGGUGUGGAGAAAGGAGAGAUCCUCCCUAACAAUGAUGGAACCUUCCAGAUGAGCGUUGACCUGAAAUUACCAUCAUCUGAGGACUGGACCAAGUAUGAGUGUGUGUUUCAGCUCUCUGGUGUUAAUGGAGACAUCGACACUCGUCUAGACAAAACAAACAUCAGGACUAAUGAAGGAAACUCCAUUCCGAUCAUUAUUGGUGGUGUUAUUGCUGCACUUCUGGUUCUGGUUGCCAUCAUUGCUGGAAUCGUCUGGUGGAAGAAAAGAGAUAAUGGUGAGAAACCAAAAAUAUACUCU